CACACCCUUUUAUUUAAGAGCUCUCUUUGGAAAACAAAGGAUUUUGUUUUUCUUUCAGAAAGUGAGCAUCACAGUCAUAUCACUCAAAAACAGAAAUGGAAAUCUUGACAGAGGCUUCGUUUGUUCUGAAAAUUAUGCUUAUGAAUAUGGUAUACUUCCCCUGAGCCACAUCCCUGGCCAUGUAUCUGUAUGUACAGUUUUGUUUUUAUUAAGGAGUUUUGUUAUGCUGCUCAAUCUUUUAGUGAAUGACUCUCUGAUAUCAAGCAUGAUGUAAAGGGCACUCAUGAUGUCAUUUCCUUGUGUCCCUAUGAAUUCCAAUGACCUUACGCUAGCUGUCUUUCAAAUAGCAUGCAUGUUACCAGUGUAUCAGGGAAAUAUUGAAUCCUGCCUCCUAGUGUUCAUCACUGGGUGGCAGUAUUAGACUUCUGCCAGUGUCUCCAUGUGCAAAUGUUCGUAUAACAGACAUUUCCAAAGUUAUCUGAGCAUUAGGAUUAUGGCUUUCUAAUGCAAAAGCUAUACAAAGAAAAAAGAAGACAAAAGGAGAAUUAGUACAUCUGAAUUGUGGUGUCAGCAAAAGAUAUUUAAAAUACCAUGGACUGUCAGAAGAAUGUAAUGAGUUAACUUACUUUGAGUAUGAUCUUGUCUAAAUUUUAUUUCACAAAAGUGUGAUAAUAUUCUAAGUCAAUCCUUGGGGAAAAGUGUAAAUACAUAUUUCCCUUUUUUCUACAUAUAACUAUGCCUAACAUUUCUCUAAUUCUAAAAGUUCAUUUGGAAGCAGAAAACAUGGAAAUUCAAUUAAAAUUUUGGAAGAUUAAUGAACUGUUGCCAAUAAGAAGAGAGACUAUAAUGUAAAAUUAAAGUCAAGUGAUACUGCUCCAAAAACACACUCAUACACAUAAACUAACCUAAAUUCACAUAUACAUUUAAGAUCAGGGUGUUUCAGUCAGAACGCUUUUGGUUGCAAAUGACAAAAAACUCAACUAAAAACUUUUCGAACUAUAAAUGUACUUAAUAAUUGGUCAUCGUAACUAUAAACUUCAAGGUUAUGGCAAGCUUCAGGGUUAGUUGAUAAAGUGUAUCAAUUUUGUGUAAAGGAGCCAUGCAUGCAAGUAAAAUUUAGCUCACUCAAAGUUAAGGUGCCAGUUUGAAGUCCUAGUCAAGUUGAGUCUUGGUCCAACAAAGAAUGAAGUGAUUAAGACACAUCCUCUUGGAUUGGGAGUUAAAUCUUCAUGUUGUGACUAUUCAUGAAAGCAAUUGCUGAUGGUGUUUGAGAAAUAGAUCAGUAUGGUUCCAGCUGAUCUAGAUUCAGGCUUAGAUCAACAGCAUCUGCUCCAAUCCAGAAGUGCAGAACUGUGAUUACCUGCCUUUUCAAUAAUUAGAAGGUAAAUUUCAGUAACUUACCUAGUCCCAAUGUUCUCUGCCUCUGAGCCAUAAGGUUUAUUGGGUAUAAUGCCUCUAACAGUCAGAGUAAGGCCUUCCUCUACUAGGAAUAUAGUAACGCAUGAGAGCCUGUGACUUGUUCUCCCUUCAUUUUGGAAUAAAUAUUAUCUACUUUAUCUAAAGAAUUAGUCAAUGUUCAAACAUAACAAGAGGUGGCAUAUGAUCAGGAACCUAUGGUACUGAAGGAAGAAGUCCAAGCUGCUCUGAAGGCAUUGGCGAAAAACAAGGCUCCAGGAAUUGAUGGAAUAUCAAUUGAAAUGUUUCAACAGACAGAUGCAACACCUGAAGUGCUCACUUGUCUAUGCCAAGAAAUGUGGAAGACAGCUUCCUGGCCAGCUGACUGGAAGAGAUCCAUAUUUAUGACUAUUCCCAAGAAAGGUGAUCCAACCAAAUGUGGAAACUAUAGAACAAUAUCAUUAAUAUCACACCCAAGCAAAAUUUUGCUGAAGAUCAUUCAAAAAUGGCUGCAGCAGUAUAUCGACAGGGAACUGCCAGAAACUCAGGCCGGUUUCAGAAGAGGAUGUGGAACCAGGGAUAUCAUUGCUGAUGUCAGAUGGAUCCUGGCUGAAAGCAGAGAAUACCAGAAGGAUGUUUACCUACGUUUUCUUGACUAUACAAAGACAUUUGACUGUGUGGGUCAUAACAAACUAUGGAUAACAUUGCGAAGAAUGGGAAUUCCAGAACACUUAAUUGUGCUCAUGAGGAACCUUUACAUAAAUCAAGAGGCGGUUGUUCGUACAGGACAAGGGGGUACUGAUUGGCUUAAAGUCAGGAAAGGUGUGAGUCAGGGUUGUAUUCUUUCUUCAAGCCUAUUCAAUCUGUAUACUGAGCAAAUAAUACGAGAAGCUGGACUAUAUGAAGACGAACGGGGCAUCAGGAUUGGAGGAAGACUCAAACAACCUGCAUUAUGCAGAUAACACAACCUCGCUUGCUGAAAUUGAAGAGGACUUGAAGGACUUACUAAUGAAGAUCAAAGACCACAGCCUUCAGUAUGGAUUGCACCUCAGCACAAAGAAAACAAAAAUCCUCACAAGUGGACCAAUGAGCAACAUCAUGAUAAAUGGAGAAAAGAUUGAAAUUGUCAAGGAUUUCAUUUUACUUGGAUCCACAAUCAACAGCUAUGGAAGCAGCAGUCAAGAAAUCAAAAGACGCGUUGCAUUGGGCAAAUCUGCUGCAAAGGACCUCUUCAAAGUGUUGAAGAACAAAGAUGUUACCUUGAAAACUAAGGUGGGCCGAGCCCAAGCCAUGGUAUUUUCAAUCACGUCAUAUGCAUGUGAAAGUGGACAAUGAAUAAGGAAGACCAAAGAAUUGAUGCCUUUGAAUUGUGGUGUUGGCGAAGAAUAUUGAAUAUACCAUGGACUGCCAAAAGAAAGAACAAACCUGAUUUAGAAGUACAGCCAGAAUGCUCCUUAGAGGCAAGGCUGGUGAAACUGCGUCUUACAUACUUUGAAGGUGUUGUCAGGAGGAAUCAGUCCCUGGAGAAGAACAUCAUGCUUGGCAGAGUACAGGGUCAGUGGAAAAGAGGAGGACCCUCAAGGAGGUGGAUUGACACAGUGGCUGCAACAAUGAGCUCAGGCAUAACAACUAUUGUAGGGAUAGCUCAGAAUUAGGCGGUGUUUCGUUCUGUUGUGCAUUGGGUUUCUAUGAGUCGGAACCGACUCGAUGGCAUCUAACAACAACAACAACAACAUUUUAUUUACUAAUAUAAAAUUCAUAAUUUAGUAUUCACUUUAUUUUAGAAUUUUCUCUUCACAUUACAGACUUUUCUCAUUACUUGCUUGUCUGCUACUUUUUCUUAGCAAGACUCAAGCCUUUUUCCUCUAGGGAUGUCUAGGGAAGAAAACCUUCCAGGAGAGGAAAUUUCAUUUGAAUUUUUUCCAAAUAUUCUAAUAAACUAAUUCAUAAUGAACUUGCAUUGUCUUUCAUUUAAAAUAGUGAUGAUGUAAAAAGCCACACACUAUGUCUGCACAUAUAAAUGGAAGAAUUAUUUCCAGAUAGAAUGACCCAAGAGAUUUCUGAAAAUUCAAAUUCCUGUCCAGGCUGGAGACUCUCUUUAAUUGGCAUCUAGUCCUGUAAAUGGUUUUUUUGUGAUAUUUUCUCUUGAUACAUGUCUCUCAUUGCUUGUAGGAAUUCCUGGAAGGUCAUGAUUUUCUGGAGUGCAGUUGGAGAGAUGUAGGAGCAUUAUUCUAGUGAGGAAAGACAUGGUCUUUGAUAUGCUUUUUGAAUGACUGAAUGUCUGAAAAGUUCUGUUCCUAUCUGUGAGAAGCUCUGUCAUUGGCUUUUCUGGGAAGCUAAAUCCCAGCCUUUGCCUUGUUAGGUACAGAAUUAAUGAGGAGAGAGACAUGAGCAUGACCCUAAAUCCUCAGUCAAAAACUUUUGUUUGCUUCAUUAUAAUUGAUUAAGAAAGAAAAAUUCAAAUAACUAAUUUCAGUGAUUUUUACUUUGUGUCACUAAAUAAUGAGCUUGGCCAGGUUAAUUUCCAUUAAUUUGCCCAGUUUUUACAUAGUCAUGGAAACAUGGCACCCUCAUUGUUCUUCUAGCACAUUUUCCCGACAGGUGAGAAUGUUCAACUGUUUACUAUUAUUUUUAAAAGUCUUCAUUUUCCAGGCAUCUAUAUAUACACUUCCACAGUUAUCUGAAAAAAAAUGGUAUGAUGGGUAGCUUGUGUGGAAGUGUGAAGAGUGUAACCACUUGGAACUAUUUCUGGGCCCACUGAUCAGAUGCACAUUGCCAUGCGUUCUGUGAUUUCAGAUAAAUACAUGAGGUAUGUACGAUUACUCUCAAGAAGCCCUGAUUUUCAGGACCAAGGACAAGAACCAAGAGGUGAGAUUUUGAAACAUUUGAAGGAGGACACUCAUUAAAAAUAUUACAUGAUAUAUAGAAAUAGAGCUAGUUUCUUAAAAAUAUUUCUUUAGGUUUAUUGCUAAUUGGUAAAAUUAAGCAAGAGAAACACAGAAAUUAACCAGAACCUACACAGUCUAUUCCGCUUUAGUAUUUUAUCAGAUAGACGUUUACUGUCCGUUUGCCAGAAAACAAAAGAAGCAUGCUGUGCAUUACAACGAAUUCAGUAGGUCUGUAACCUUGGUUCGUAGGAUAUGCGAUAUGUUAAUAAAGAUUUAUAAUUAAUUUAGAUGUAUUUGAGCUAAAUCAAAAAACCAAACCCAUUGUUGUCAAGUGGAUUUUAACUCAUAGCGACCCUGAAGGACAGAGUAGAGCUACCCCAUAGAGUUUCCAAAGAGCAGCUGGUGGAUUCAAACUACCAACCUUUUAGUUAACAGCCAUACUCUUAACCACUGCACCACCAAGGCUCCAUAUGUGAACUAGAAAAUUUAAAGCUAUGUAUUAUAUCAAGUGUGUCAGGGUGUAAAAAAAUGUCUGUUAUGUCUGGAAGUUUGAUAUGUGCUUUUAAGUGUGAAUGUUUUAAAUGAUGACAACAACCUUACAUAUGUAUGUAUAUAUUAUAUUUACUUAUGUAUAUCUUUUUGUAUAUAUACAAAAUUUUGACAACAACCAUAGUACUAUAUAUGUUUUUUAAAAAAUUUAUACUAAAAGAAACUGGUGAACAGGAAGUACCUUGCCUACUGCCGCUUAGAAAAAAACUGCCGCUUAGAGAGACUUAUAAAUCUGUAAUUGUAAUGUACUAUAUAGAAGUUAUUUUUGUUACUAUGGCAUUUUAAUUAAUAUUUGUAAAAAGCCAUGUCCUUAUAAAAAUAAGUUAAAUGAUUUUUCUUCUAGAAAGGUGUAAACUUAGUGGUUUAAGUUGACAGCCUAGUAAUUAUUUUAGUUUUUAUAGUAUCAAAUCUUUGAGGAGUGAAAUUAUAGUGGAUACUUUACAUACUGAUUGUUUUACAUGGAAAUAAUUUAGCUGGGCAAUAGAAUAUUUAUUUCAGUGAAAUCCAGCAUUGAUUAUUAAUAACAUUAAGGGCACUAGACCUUGCAGAAAAUAAGUAGUUAAAAAACAAUUAGAUAUAAACUAUCUUUACCAUUAUGUUCUUCAAUAGCUGUGCCUUUAUUAAUCUACAGCUUCAAAAAUGGUAGAACUCCUGAAUCACCCAGACAUACAGAGUGCUCAUUACAGCUGGUUUCUAAAAGAAAGCUCAGAAUUCUUCUGCACAGGUUCUUUCCCCUCAACCAAAUCCAUAUAAAUGAAAUCAGCUUGUCUACGUUUGAGAAGUAGUAAUUUGGCAAUUUUCUGCAAGAAUGAACAAUCCUAGAGAUUGUGUUUGUAUCUGUAUAUGUACUGUUCUGUCUUAUCUGAGUUUGUCUUUAACCAGAAGUGCUAGGUCCUCGGAGGGAUCAAUGUUCUUUUUUUUCCUUUGAAUUUUCUUUUCUUUUUCUUCUUUUCCUUCCCUUCCUUUCUCUUUCCUUCUCUCCUCCCCUCCCAUCUUCUCUCCUCUGCUCUUCUUUUUUUGUUUGUUUGUUUUACUCUUGUCUCCCUUUUCCCCUUCCUUUCAUUUCCUUUCCUUUUUCAUUCUUUAUUUUCUAGGAUGGGCUCUGUGUUUAUUUGUAAUGGCUUCCCAGAAAGCCUCCUGAGUAAAUUCAGGAAGCCUCAGAGGUUGACCUUCCAGCACUCUUUCACUAGAAGUAGUCUUUCUGAAGAUUUCUCAAGAAAGCUAUCCCCACUUAACACAUUAAUAUCCCCAUUACCUGUGUAUAGUAAUUUUUUAAAUAUAAUUUCUCUGCUUCCUGUUUUGAGUCUUCUUUUCUUUCAUUUUCUACUCUUUAGGUCUCCAUCUGAUCCAUGGGUACAAGUUUUUCCUUUUUUUCUGCUUAACAUUCAUUAAUAUACAUACCAUGACAGGUAUAUAUUAUGACACAUAUACAACAAAAUAGAUAGUUCUUAUAAUGCACAGUUUUAUCCUAUGUCCAAAACUGUGUGUCUGUGAGUUACAGGUAUAUAAUAUUAUUUUUAUAAGAAGUAUGCUUAUUCCUAAUGUGAAAAAGAUCCAGAAGAUUUAUUCUGAUGAAAUGUCCAUAGAGAAACAUUCAAGGACAAUAAUAAAAAGGUGUUGUUUAUUGAUUCUUUAUCAGGAUCCAACAGUGCUCUAGGCACUUUACAUAUAAAAACACACACACGCACAAAUUUCAGAGAUAUGUACUACUGGUUUCCCGUUUUACAAAUUAUGAAACUGAGGCACGAAGAGGUUUAUGAAGUUGCACAAGGUCACAGAUACAGUAAGCGGUGAAGGCGGAAUUCAAACACAGACAGCGUUGCCCCAGAGUACGCAUUAUUCGUCACUGUGCUGUGCGCUGUUUCCAAGGGUGUCCUGGGCCUUAAACAGGCACACACUGAGUGAGAAAGCUAACCAUUAUUUGGUCACUUGAAUGAUCCAAUUCCAACACCGACUAGCAUUUUUUAAAGUAACAUUGAUGAGCUUGGAGAUUGUUGUUUAGUUACAAAUAUAUAAACAGAAACAUCCAGCAGAAUAAAAUAAGAUGGGGUUUCACUGAUAGUGUCACAGACAGUUGGACUAGAAAGGAUUCUAAGAUCAUCUAGUUUGAAUCUUUAUUUUUCAAUGAGUAAAUUGAGACAGAUUUGAGACUAAAUCUAGAAAAUAUAGCAAAUAAAUAAAACUCAUACCUUCUUACACUGAGUUUGGAUUUUUUCUUUGAGUAUGUUUCUUUUCGGAAUCUGGAUAUUGAAGUUCUAAUUCUGACCACUCUCAGCGCCUAAGAAGUAUUACAUAUUAAACCCUCUUCUGUUGUCCUCUACCUCUCUUUACAGCAUCUAUUUUCUCCCCCAUGGCUACCCAGCUCACAUGCAAUGGAUUUGAAAAAUGCUGGCUGGUAAUGUACUAGUUGUUAGUUGUUAUAUGUCAGUUAACUUCAGUUCAAAAAUGUUUGCUGAAAAUAUAGAGUAUAUUGCAAGGGUACUCACCACAAAUACAACCAACUCAAGAUACUGACUGUACGUCAAUAAGGUAUAGAAAUGUGUUAGGAGUUGUGGGAUAACCAAAGUGAAAAUGGAGGGGACUAUGGAUCCUUAAGAAGAGACAUUCAAUCUAUGGCCCAAUACUUUGUACAGGGAAUAAUAUACUAAAUAAUUUCAUAGUUAUCUGAUACAUUUCAAAUUCCAGCCCCUUCAAAUUUAAUGGGAGAUUCAUAAAGACAGAAAAACAUUUGAGGCAUAAAGGACCAAACUUCUAAGAGUGGAAUAUCAUAAUAUUUAGUGAGAUAUUCCUAAAAAGGGGUUAUUUUUGGUGCUGUAUAGAUCAUAUUGUAAAGGGACUCACCACAAAUACUACCAGCUCUAAGUACUGAUUCUAUGUCAAUUUAUUUGUUUAGAGUUUAUCUUCAUCACUAGAGAAUGUUUCUUGAGAGCAGAAAUCCUUUCCCUCUUUGUCAUUGCUGAUCUCUGUGCCAAGCACUGUCAUGUUUUAAAAAAAGAGUAUUAAAUGAAUGAAAGGCUGUCGAACCUCUGACUGAUCUUCUCUAUAUAAGGUCCACUAAGAUUUAUAGACAGAACCUCGUAAUCAUAGGCCCAAUCCAGUCAUCUGAGAAUAAGUAGAAUUCUUAAGGGAAGACAUACUGGGAUCUUUGAAAGAGAAACUCAGUAGAUAUUUCUAAAUGUUUAUUGUGAAUAAGCCACAGUACAAGAUUAAUAGUGAAGAAGAGCUCCAUGACCUAAUGCAUAUAUUCACAGUGAUGUCCAUGAUUUCAUUACAGGUCUUGUUUUUCUGAGCUCUCAUCUCUGAAGCAGGUCUUAUAGAAGAGUAAAUGGGAUACAGUAACAGUGUAACAGAAUUUGUUCUCCUGGGACUCACUCAGGACCCUGAGGGCCAAAAAGUGUUAUUUGUCAUGUUUCUGCUCAUCUACAUUGUGACAAUGGUGGGCAACCUACUUAUUGUCAUGACUAUUAUUGUCAGCCCCUCCCUGGGCUCCCCCAUGUACUUCUUCCUUGCCUAUCUGUCACUUAUGGAUGCUGUUUAUUCCACUGCCGUUUCCCCCAAAAUGAUUCUAGACUUACUCUGUGAUAAAAAGACUAUUUCCUUCCCAGCUUGCAUGGGCCAGCUCUUUAUAGAACACUUAUUUAGUGGUACUGAGGUCUUUCUUCUGGUGGCAAUGGCCUAUGACCGCUAUGUGGCCAUCUGUAAACCACGGCACUAUUUGACGGUCAUGAAUCGACGGUUUUGCAUUCUCUUGCUGGUGGUGGCCUGGGUUGGAGGAGUUUUGCACUCUGUGAUUCAACUUCUCUUUGUGCACAGACUCCCCUUCUGUGGCCCCAAUGUCAUUGAUCACUUCAUGUGUGACAUGUACCCGUUAUUGGAACUUGCUUGCUCUGACACCUAUUUUAUAGGGCUCACUGUUGUUGCCAAUGGUGGAGCCAUCUGUAUGGCAAUUUUUAUCCUUCUACUAAUCUCCUAUGGGGUUAUCCUAAGAUCCCUGAAGACUCACAGUCAGGAAGGGAGGCACGAAGCCCUGUCUACCUGCAGCUCCCACAUCACAGUGGUUGUCCUUUUUUUUGUCCCAUGUAUCUUCGUAUAUGUUAGACCUGUUUCCAACUUUCCUAUUGACAAAUCCAUGACUGUGGUUUUUACAGUUAUCACUCCCAUGUUGAAUCCUCUGAUAUAUACCCUGAGAAAUUCUGAGAUGAAAAAAGCUGUGGAAAAAAAUCUGGAGUACAAAGUUAACCACAGGUAGAGUAAGAAUUUGUGUCCACACUGAAAAUAUCAUUGCUAAUUCUAAAGCAAAAUAUAGGCGAUAAAUGAUCACAAUGAUCACAAGGAGCGAUUAAGGCAAUUCAGUGGAUUCUCGAGGAAUACUUCUCUUUAUUGAUGCAAACACAUCCAAAAUGUAGAAUAAAUUACUCUUUGAGGUUAGAAUUAAACUAAUAGAGACAUUCUGGAGGCUGGAUGAAGGGCAUUUGUAUUUUUUAUUUUAUAAAUAAAAGUAAAACUAAGCUCACAUUGUAAUUUUAUUUUUCUCAGUACAUGCUGAAACAAGACUUAGAAGAAAUUCUUUUGUUUUUUUCCUUUUAAAAAGAGAAAAAAACAAGCUAUUUUGGAAAAUUUUGUAUUAUUCAAAUUAAUGAGAAAACAAUUAGGCCAAUCCUUAGAACAAAUUUCUGAGGCCAAAAGUACGGUUUUAAAAUUUUGCUCUUCAUUAUUCUAUUAGCACAACAGUUUUUUUUUAAGCUCCACUAUGUACUUUGUGUUUAAGAUUAUUUCUCUUCUUCUGGGCAAUGCCUAUGCAUUUGUAAUUCUGCAGAUUUUAGUGGGACAUGAUAUUGUGUUUGGUUUGAGACACCAUCGGUGAGCAAUUUUGGUAGAUAGGAUGUGGUUGAUGAAGAAAACUCAUUCUAGCUCUUGAUUAGAGGACAGAUAGUAUGCUCACGUGGGUUUGAAAAUAACAUUAAUCUAAGUUAUAAACAAUGUUUUCCUCAUUAGCAAUUAUGUGCAUUUUUGCAAUUCUUAAAAGAUUAGAUAGAGGUUCUGAUUUUAUCUCCAUGAAAUUGAAUUUAUGAAAAGAAAUGUGUUAUUUUACAUAAGCAGCAUGUUCUCUAAAAGUUGUAUUAAAUUUAAAUAUGUUUUAAUGUAAACACUUAGUAAUGAUUUGUUUUGGUAAAAAUAAAGUUUUGGUUUUUUCAUUUUCAUGUAAAAAAAAUGCUUUUCUCAGUCUACAGCCCAUCCAGACACAUCCCCAAACCAGAAAACAGAAAGAAUUUUCUUAACGUAAUAUGGAACAUAAUCUACUCUUAACAAGAUUUUACUUUUUUAACUAAAAGAAAGGUUUUAGAACUUUUCUUACUUUUGAUGUGUAAUUUUUCAUGUAUAUCCAGCAACAUAUGCAAUUAUUUAUAAAUCUUAUGGCCUCUUACCUAGUAUAUUAUCAAUAUCAUUGAAACUACCUGAUUGCUCUUCUCUGAUGACAUUUCUCCACCUCUUCUCAGAAGUAAUCCCAAUGCUAAGUUUUUAAUCACAAUUAAAAAUAGUUUAAUUAUGUAUGUAUGUAUCCUUAAUGUAUAUUGUUUAGAUUUUCUUAUUCUAGUAGUUUCCUUAUGGACUAUUUGGUAUUGUCUAUGUGUAGGAUUAUAUCAUCUGCGAAUAGGGAUAGUUUUGCCAAUUCCUUUUCAGUUUGGAUGCCAUUAUUUCUUUUUCUUGCCUUAUUGCUCUAGCUAGGACUUCCAGCACAAGGUUAAAUAGGAGUGGCAAUAAAGGGCCUCCUUGUUUUGCUGAUGUUCUAAGGGGGAAUGCUUUCAGCCUCUCUCCACUGAGAAUGAUGUUGGCUUUUGGUUUUGCAUAGAUGUCCUUUAUUAUGUUGAGGAAUUUCUCUACUAUUCCUAUUUUAUUGAGAGUUUUAUCAGGAAUAAGUGUUGAGCUUUAUCAAAUGUCUACUGUGUUAUGGGAUUUUUUCUUUUGUUCUAUUUAUAUGAUGGAUUAUGUUGAUUGAUUUUCUAAUGUUGAACCAACCUUGCAUAUCUGGUAUGAAUCUCACGUGGUAGGGGUGUAUUACUUUUUUAAUGUGAUGCUGAAAUCUAUUAGUUAGAAUUUUGCUGUGCAUUUUUGCUUUUGUAUUCAUGAGAGAUAUUGGUCUGUAUUUUUAUUUUUUAAAUUUGUGUGUUUUCCUGGCUUUGGUAUCAGGGUUAUACUGGCUUUAUAGAAUGAAUUUGGGAGAUUUCCUGCAUUCCUAUGCUCUGAAAUAGUUUGAAUAGCACUGGUGUGAUCUCUUCUCUGAACGUUUGGUAGAAUUCUCCAGUGAAGCUGUCCAGACCAGGGCUUUUCUUUGUUGGGAGUUUUUUAUUUUAUUUUAUUUUUUAUUUUUACCCCAUUCAAUCUCUUCUCUUGUUAUGCAUUUUUCAGAUUUUCUAUCUCAGUUUUUGUUAGUUUAGGUAGGUAGUGUGUUUCUAGAAAUUUGUCCAUUUCCUCUCGUUUCUCAAAUUUGUUGGAGUACAAUUUUUCAUAGUAUUCUGGUGUGAUAUUUAUUUUCGUUAUUUCUGUUGUAAAGUCUCUCAUCUCAGCUUAUUUGGGUGUUUUCCUCUUCUGCUUUUCUCUUGUCAGCUUGUCCAAUGGUUUGCCGAAUUUUUUGAUCUAUUCAAGCAGCGAAGUUUUUGUCUUGUUGGUUCUUUCUAUUUUUUUUUUUUUCCUGUUAUUUCAUUUAUUUCUGCUCCAAUCCUUAUUACUUCCUUUCUUCUCUUGCCUCUGGCCUCUUUUUGCUAUUCUCUUUCUACUUGUUUGAGUCAUAGUGCUAACAUUUUCAUUUUGAUUUGUCCUUCUAUUUUGAUGUGUGCAUUUAUUGCUAUAAGUUGACCUCUGAACACUGCCUUUGCUGUGUUGCAAAAGCUUCGAUAGGACAAGUUUACAUUCUCAUGUGAUUCUGGGAAUUUUUUGAUUCUCUCUUUUAGCCAAUGGUUUUUAAGCAAGAUGUUAUUCAGGUUUCAUGUAUUUGAUUUUUCCCUUGCUCUUCUUAUUGUUGUUUUCUACUUUUAUGGUGGUGUGAUUAGAGAGAAUGUUUUGUAUUAUUUUGAUGUUUUGGAUUUUAUUGAGGCUUGUUUUGUGCUAAAAUGUGGUCUAUUCUAGAGAAUGUUUCAUAUGCUUUGAAAAAAUGCACACUUCGCUGCUGUUUGGUGGAGUGUUCUACAUACACCUCUGAGGUCAGGUUGGGUGAUCAUGGCCUUUAGAUGUUCUGUAUUUUUGCUGAGUUUCUUUCUAGAUGUUCUGUCCUUCACCUAGUGAUGUGUUGAAGUCUUCUACUAUUAUUGUGGAACUGAGCAUUUCUUUUUUCCUUGCUCUUAGAAUUCCUUUUAUGUAUUUUAGAACCCUGUCAUUGAGUGCAUAGAUAUUUAUUAAGAUUAUGUGUUCUUGGUUGAUUGUCAUCUCAAUCAUUAUAUAAUGUCCUCCCUUGUCUAGAUGAUCGAUUUUACCUUAAAGUCUUAUUUAUCUGAGAGUAAUAUUGCUACACCUACUCUUUUUUGGUUACUGCUUGCUUGAUAUAGUUUUUCUUUCUUUUAAUUUUUAUUAUGUUUAUGUCUUGUGUCAAUGAUAUGUCUCUUGUAGACAACAUAUUGAUGAAUCUUUUUUUUUUAAUCCAUUCUGACACUCUCUGUCUCUUUAUGGGUGCAUUUAAGCCAUUAACAUUCAGUGUGAUUAUUGAUAGACAGGUAUGCAUUUAUUGCCUUCAUGUUGUGCUUUUCUUUUGUGGUGCUGAUGUUUUCUUUGUUGCUCUUACUUUCCUGUGCUGCGUUCCUUUUGUUUGUGGAUUUUCUUUCGUUUGUGUAGGUUUUGUGUUUACUGAAUUUUUGUGUGUUUCUUCUUUUUUUUAUUUGGAUGGUUAAGUUUGUUAACUUUCUUUGUGGUUUCCUUGAAAUUUCCCCAUAUCUUCCUAAGUCUGAAUCAGUUGUUUAUUGCUUGAUAUUGCCUUGACUUCCUCUCCAUCUGAAAAUUCUAUGUUUACCCCAUUUAUUCUCCUUUUUAUUGUUUUGACACUGUCAUCAUUUACUGAUUGACAUUUCUGUUUUCCUUUCUAAGUCUUUAGCUUUAUUUUAAUAUUAAGAGUUCUUUAUCUAGGUUAGUAUCUGGCUGAUGCUGACCUAUGUCCCAGACUCUGGUGUUGUCUGAUGUUGCUAGUUCUCUAACAUAAGGUCUGCCCUCAAUAUUUGUUUGGUUUUUUAGAAUUACCUCAACUUCUGUUUAUCUGGAUAUGUACUUAUUUUGCUAUUGUAUUGGAGAGUCUUGCAGGAUAUAUUAUUCUUAGUUUGCAUUUUUAUCAAUUCGAGGUUUUAUAUAUGUCAUCCUAUCACCUUCUUACCUGCAUUGUUUUUGCCAAGUAAUCAGAGUUUAAUCUUAUUUUUCCCUUUUAUAAGUGACUUUUCGUUUUUCUAGAUCUGCUUUCAGGAUUCCUUCUUUGUCUUUGGUUUUGGCAAGUGUGAUUAUGAUGUAUUGUUGUGACAUUCUUUUGUAGUUCAUCAUAUAUGGGGCUAUCUGAGCUUAUUAGGUGGUCAGGUUUUCUUCUUUCAUGAUAUUUGGAAGUUUUCUGUCAGUAAAUCUUCAACAACCUUCUCUAUGUUUUCCACUUUCUCUCCCUGUUCUUAUACUCCAAUCAUAUGCAAAUUUUUGCUCUUGAUUAUGUCCCACAUAAUUCUUAAUUUUUCUUCAUUGUCUUCUCUAAUUUUUCCUCAGAGAAAGUGGUGUACAUAUGUUUGCCUUCAAUAUAGUUGAUUCUGUCUUCUAUUGUUUCAAAUUUGCUUUUAACCUUCUAUUAAGUUGUCUAUUUCUGAACUUUUGUUAUCUUUUUGAUUUAGAUUUGCCUUUUUUUUUCUUUUGCAUGGUUUCUAAUUGUUUAUUUAUUGUGAUUUUCCUGAAUUCUUGUAUAUUUUUGUCUUUGUUUUCCUUGAUUUUGAGUAUGUUUUUGUUGGUUUCAUCUCUUUUUUUCCAUGAUUUUGUGAAUUUUUUCUUUUUUUUCCCCUGUGUUUUUCUUAAUCUCUUUCCUAAUGUCUUGGAAAGCUCUAAAUAUUGGUAUUUUGAAUUACUAGGUAGUUCCAUUGCCUUUUCUUCUACCAGAAGUUUAUCUGAUUCUUUAUUUUGGUCACUUGCUGGAGCCAUCUUGUCCUGCUGUCUCCAAGAUAUUAAAGUCUUAUUUUCGUUAUAUAUUGAUUGUAUAUUUAUUUGUUUCAUCCUGUUUUUCUCUUUUGUUUUCAUCUCAGGGUAGGUAGGCUGGACAUUCUUUGGUGCUUGCUUGUCUCUGGUAUGAUAGCUUUCACCACCUUCUCUGACUGGCAAGGCAACACCAGGCAGGGUGAGCCCACUUCUUUCUACGCUGAUUUGGUGAGGUGGGUGAAGGUAUACUGGGUGGGUGUUUUUUGCCUUCUGAUGUUGUUCCAGAGGUGUGCAAAUAUUCACAGCCCCUCACCAGUUGGGCGGGGGUGUCAGAUGGGGUGUGGUACAGGCUUACUUCCCACCAUUCAGCAAUUGGUUGAGUGGUGGUAGAGGACGUGCAAUGGAAAUCUGGGAUGGAGGUGUGCCUGAGUGUUGGGGGAUGCUCUAGCCUUGGCUGCUUUGUGGGGGCCCAAGUAAAAGGAGGGAAGCGGCAUAUGGGGCAGAAGGGUGAGGUAUGGAAAAGCUUGUAUUUCUGGUUACCAAGGGUUCUAUGUCCUGUUGUGAGCUCUGUGAAGUUGCUUUCCCAUCUUUCCUGUCUGAGCUCGUUGCUGGCUGUGCUUCAAGAUGGCAACACUGUUCACAUUUGUUGACAGGGGGCCUCCACUUCGUGUAUCUCCUAGAUCUCUGUUUUCUGUCAGUAUCUUCUCUCAUUCGGUAUUCUUUAAAAUAAUUUUUCUUGUGCUUUAAGUGAAAGUUUACAAAUCAAGUCAGUCUGUCACAUAUAAACUUAUAUACACCUUACUACAUACUCCCAUUUACUCUCCCCCUGAUAAGUCAGCCCGCUCCCUCCUUCCAGUCUCUCCUUUCAUGACCGUUUUGUCAGUUUCUAACCCUCUCUACCCUCCCAUCUCCCCUCCAGACAAGAGCUGCCAACACAGUCUCAAGUGUCCACCUGAUACAAAUAGCUCACUCUUGAUCAGCAUCUCUCUCCAACCCCUUGUCCAGUCCCUUCCAUGUCUGAUGAGUUGUCUUCAGGACUGGUUCCUGUCCUGGGCCUACAGAAGGUUUGGUAAACAUGACCCCCGGGAUACUUCUAGUCUCAGUCAGACCAUUAAGUCUGGUCUUUUUAUGAGAAUUUGGGGUCUACAUCCCACUGUUCUCCUGCUCCCUCAGGGAUUCUCUGUUGUGCUCCCUGUCAGGGCAGUCAUCAGUUGUGGCUGGGCACCUCCUAGUUCUUCUGGUCUCAGGAUGAUGUAAGUCUCUAGUUCAUGUGGCCCUUUCUGUGUUGGGCUCAUAGUUAUCGUGUGACCUUGGUGUUCUUCAUUCUCCUUUGAUCCAGGUGGGUUGAGACCAACUGGUGCAUGUUAGAUGGCCGCUUGUUAACAUUUAAGACCCCAGAUGCCACACUUCAAAGUGGGAUGCAGAAUGUUUUCUUCAUACAAUUUAUUUUGCCAAUUGACUUAGCAGUCCGCUUAAGCCAUAGUCCCCAAACCCAUGCCCUUGCUCCACUGACCUUCGAAGCGUUCAGUUUAUUCAGGAAACCUCUUUGCUUUUGGUCCAGUCCAGUUGAGCUGACCUUCCCUAUAUUGGGUAUUGCCCUUCCCUUCACCUAAAGUAGUUCUUAUCUACUAUUUAAUCAGUAAAUAACCCUCUCCCACCCUCCCUACC